AUGAGUGCUCUACUUGUUACGCAGGUUACUUACCUCGACCUCUCGAGGAACAACAUCAUGACGGUGGACCCGACGAAGCUGUCGGGCCUGACGCGCCUGACACGGCUGGACCUGUCGGGCAACUACAUCUCGCUGCUGAGCGCGGCAGCCUUCUCGGCGCUGGUGUCGCUGGAAGAGCUGGACCUGAGCGGCAACCGCAUCUCGCGGCUGGCGCACGUGGCGGCCGACUCGCUGCUGGCCAACCUGACGAGGCUGGGCCGGCUGUCGCUGGCCGGCAACCAGCUGCGCGAGCUGCAGGAGCUGGACGGGGGACUCGUGCUGGCCAGCCCCUCGCUGAGGGAGCUCGACCUCAGCCGCUGCCAGCUGCAGAAGAUCGACCACCGCGCCACGCUGGCGCGCCUGCCGCGCCUCCAGAUCCUCAACGUCUCCGACAACCCCAUCAAGUGGAUCCGGGAGGUGGUGUCGGCGUCGCUGCACACGCUGGACGCGAGCCGCUGCGAGAUGGACAGCCUGGGCAGCAGCGCGCUGCGCGGACUCACGGCGCUCGUCUCGCUGCGGGUCAGCCUCAACCCGCAGCUGCGGCUGGGCGAGCCCCGCCUCUACGCGGCCACACUGCGCCGCCUGCACGCCGACCACUGCGCGCUCGACAAGCCUGCGCUCCAGGGCAUGCCGGCGUUGCAGUACGCCUUCCUGCGCGGGAACAAGGUGGAGACACUUACUCAGAAAGACUUUAAUAACAGCGCCCAGUUGAUACGACUGGAACUUCCCAGGAACUUAAUACGUUUCAUCGAGAAGGAUGCCUUCCGACCACUUGUCGAGCUCGAGAGGCUCGAUCUGUCUGGGAAUAAGCUACACCAGCUCGCGUGGAACGCCUUCGUGAACUGUAAGAAACUGAAGUGGCUGUACCUCUCCGAAAACCCGCUAACCGAGUUGACGAACAUUUCGUCCGACUCGAUUCGUACCAUCGACGCCAGUCAAUGCAAGAUCAGUGGACUCCGCAGAGACGUGUUGACGGGUGCCCGCCAAUUGCUGGAGCUCAAUUUAUCGAGUAACUGGAUCGAGAGUGUACCCAAACGACUGCGUUCUGUGUCGCUCGUCAAGCUGGACCUCAGCCAGUGCAGGCUUUCUGCAGUCACCAACGAGACGUUCGUCGAACUGUACCAGCUUCGGUACCUCUACCUACACGGCAACAGGCUUACCAAUGUUCCCAAGUCGUCAAUGGUGACUGGCCUGAAGAACCUGGUGCACCUGACUCUGCACGACAACCCGUGGCGCUGCGACUGCGGUGCGCCCGACUUCCGCAACCUGUGGGACAACCUGACGGCGUCGUCACCGCCCAUUCUCACCGUCAGUGAGAGGCAGACGGUCAAGUGCGCGUCGCCCGAGGCGGUGGCGGGCCAGCAGUGGUGGCUGGCGUGCGUGGAGAAGUGGUACCCGCCGGCUCAGAGCCAGGCCACCAACACGAUGAGCCGCAACGGCGCGGCGGCGCUCGGCCUCGUGGCCGUCAUCGUGACCGCCGUGGCGCUCUUCUGCUUCCUGCGG